AUGUCGCCUUCUUCCUCUUCUUCCACCACCGCUCGAAACCGUCUCGCGACACUCUCCUCUCACAUCAUGGGUUCUGCCAGCCCCUCUAUCUUUUCCACCUCCGUGGUUCCCGCUGCGCCCGAAGAUCCUCUCUUUGGGUUGGCCCAAGCCUUCCGGAAUGACCCUUCCGAUAAGAAAGUCGAUCUGGUUAUCGGCGCAUAUCGUGAUGACAACGCAAAGCCCUGGAUCCUUCCCGUCGUGAAAAAGGCCGGGGACCUAAUUCGCAACGAUCCCUCCAUCAACAAUGAAUAUCUCCCCAUUAAGGGUCUCCCCGAUUUCACCUUCGCCGCCCAGAAAGUGAUUCUGGGAUCCGACAGCCCGGCCAUCCGCGAACAAAGAGUAACCACCUUCCAAACCAUCUCCGGCACGGGAGCCGUUCAUCUCGGAGCCCUCUUCCUCGCCAAAUUCCACCCCCAGAACCCCAAGCCCACCGUCUACCUCUCCAACCCAACCUGGGCCAACCACAACCAGAUCUUCACCAAUGUCGGCCUCUCCCUCGCCAAUUACCCCUACUUCGACCCCAAGACCAAGGGCCUCAACUUCGAUGGCAUGUUGAACGGCAUCCGCGAUGCCCCCGCUGGCUCCGUCAUCCUCCUACAUGCCUGCGCUCACAACCCCACCGGAGUCGACCUCACCCAGGACCAAUGGAAACAGGUCGCCGUCGUGAUGCGCGAGCGCCGCCACUUCCCCUUCUUUGAUACCGCCUACCAGGGCUUCGCUUCGGGUGACCUGACCCGCGACGCAUGGGCGGUGCGAUACUUCAUCGAGCAGGGCUUCGAGCUCUGCGUGGCACAGUCUUUCGCUAAGAACUUUGGUCUGUAUGGUCAGCGCGCAGGCGCGUUCCAUUUCGUCUCAGCGCCGGGCGCCACCGCUAAGGAUGACAACGCCCAUGUCUCGAGUCAGCUGGCCAUUCUGCAGCGAUCGGAAAUCUCGAACCCUCCGGCCUACGGUGCGCAAAUCGCCAGCCGUGUUCUGAACGACACCACCUUAUUCGCUGAAUGGGAAGAAGACCUCCGGACGAUGAGCGGGCGCAUUGCGGAGAUGCGCAAGGGCCUGCGUGAGCGUUUAGAGGCCAAGGGCACACCGGGCACGUGGAACCAUGUGACCGAUCAGAUCGGCAUGUUCAGUUUCACGGGUUUGACUGAAACGCAAGUGAAGUUGCUGCGGGAGAAGUGGCACAUCUAUAUGACCAAGAACGGACGAAUCUCCAUGGCCGGCCUCAACACACAUAACAUCGACUACUUUGCAGAAGCCGUCGACAGCGUUGUCCGGGAGACUUCGUGA